UUAGCAGAGAGCUUGGUAAGGCUCGCCUGAGUCGCUUGGAAAUAGAAGCGUGCCGCAUGCCGUCGAGAGCACACAUGUGCAACUGAGAGAACACGACAACAGAAUCACGUGAAAUGGACCCAACCGCCGCCAAGUGGAUUGCACUGGUCACUCUGGGCCUGGUGUCCUUUACGCUCGGAGUGAUCCCUAUCAAAUUAUCUUCUGCUUUGAAGUGGACCCGGCAUGGGUGCCAAAAGUCACCUAGAUCGCAAGUCGUGUUAUCGGCACUUCUCUGUUUUGGAGCUGGCGUCCUGCUCGCAACUGCUCUCACCCACAUGCUCCCUGAAGUCAGGAAAAAUAUUGACGAUGUCAUCACGGCAGAUCCGAAUUUUCCACCAAUACUCAAGAAUUUCCCUCUGACAGAAGUUUUGCUGACAGCUGGAUUUUUCAUUGUGUACGGUCUGGACGAGCUGGUCCACAGUUCUCUAUACCGAAACCAGCACUCGCACUACGAGCACAUCGAGGCUACGCCGCAAAGCGGUCCUUCUUCGCACUCGCAUUCCCACUGUCCACCAACAGGGGUGGUAGAGCAAGAGCCGAGGCCUUCAGCGGCCACUUCUCUGAUUAGAAACACAUCUGGCCUCCACCACUAUGGAGCCACUGAAUGCCACAGCAAGCAUGUCGUGCAGUCGGAGGCGCACGAGAGUCACAUAGCCUCCACGGACAAAAAAGGCGACUCUGUUCACGGCCACGGUCACAGUCACAGUCGACGCUCAUCCCUAAAGGAGCAACCAAUGACAGCAACAAGCGGACUGUUGGCCCUAUUAGCCCUCUCAAUUCAUGCAGUAAUAGAGGGGCUAGCAAUUGGUCUGCAAAAUUCGACCACAAACGUGUUGUUCCUGCUACUCGCGGUAUCAACGCACAAGUUAGUGAUUGCUUUCUGUCUGGGAAUGGAAAUGUGCUCUGGCUGGGGGGCCUCAAGGACAACCCGAAAAUUCCAUGUUACGUUUAUGGCAGUUUUCUCAGGAAUGUCAUCGCUGGGGAUUUUGAUAGGACUGAUGCUCAUGGGCUCAGGGGAGCCAGGAGGAUUGCUCAUUCAGGCACUUCAAGCUUUAGCCGCUGGGACACUUCUUUACGUGACUUUCUUUGAAGUGCUGCCUCGAGAAAGAGCCAAGUGCCACGCAGGGAUAAUACAGUACCUAUCUGUCCUCACAGGUUUUGUGAUAAUGCUCUCGAUUGACACAUUUGUUCCUCAUGGAUAUGAUGUUGAUUAUGUUCAGACGACCGCAACAAUUAAUGCAACGACCAUGCUCCCUUGAAGAAAAUGUUGAAAGUUAAAGAGUUCAGAAAAGUGAUUUGCGUGUUUUAUAUCAAGCCAUGAAUAAUGUUCAGUAAAUUAAAAA